AUGGAGGGAGCGCAAUCGGCACUGCGGCAGAGAUUGCAGUGUAGGGGGGGGCAUCAGGGGGUAAGUAAAGCGGAAAAUGGAGCGGCAAAUGGAGCGGAAAAAGGACGGCCAAAAGGAGUAGCCAAUGGACCGCCAAAAGGACCGCCAGAUGGAGGGGCCGGCGAGGUGAGCUCCCCCCAAGAGAAAAACACCCUCAUUAAGGCAACCCUCUUUGUAGUACUCAUAGUGCACACACUGCUCAUUUACCUGACCAUAAAAACCAUGAAGCUGGAAAAGAUAAACCACAAACUGAAGGAAGAAAGUAUUAUUUUCAUGACAGAAAUAAUGAAGCUGAUAAUAUCCAGCUUCUUCUAUUUCCAUGAGAAUAAGUUCAAUCUAACAUCGGUUCGAGAUAACAUCACUGAGAUAUUGACGAAGAAGAAGAGUUACGUUGUCUCCCUAACCAUUCCGAGCAUCAUGUACUAUUUUCAGAACAUAUUUUUUUACAUCUCCAUGUCAAGUAUUCCUAUCCCCUUGUUCCAGCUUCUCUACCAGUUUAGGAUCCUCGUAGUAGUCAUUUUUACUUAUAUUCUUUUGAAGAGGCGAAUAAAAAUUUCGCAGCUGAUUUCGAUCGUGUUCCUGUUCCUCUCGCUGGUGUGUCUGAAGGACUACAACCUGGGGAAUGGCACGCACAGAAGGGGCAAACCGAUCGACGAAGACAGCAGGGGCGGACCGAUCGACACUCAUACUAAGCAAACCUGGAACGUUCUCCCUUUAAAAGACAACCACGUGGAGGACCUGGGGGGAAUUCUGCUUUACAACUUAAAGAAGAAGUCUUUGAAUAAGAAUACCCGAUUCGAUUUCUCUACCCUUUACAGAGUAUUAAAAAAAAGGAAAGUCUUCCUAAAUAGGUUAAACAAAAAUUCGUGCCAUCACCCCCUAUCUGACCCUGACCUCGAGAAGAAUUACUACGAUAUAGUAAGUUCUUCCAGGAGAAUCUCGACAGACGGGGUUCAAAGUGACGUGGAAGCAUGUAAGGUGAGGACUACAACGAGGGAUGAUACCCCUCCAUAUGGGCACCAGCCUCAGGAUGAGUAUACCCCCCAUAACAUGGUGAAGCCGGAGAAAACUACACGAAAUAAAAUCAUAAUAGGUAUCCUGGCAACCUUUUUGGCAACCUUCACCAGUGGGUUCUCCACCGUUUUCCUCGAGUUACUCUACCUCAACUAUAGAUACUCCUUUUGGUUUCAGAAUAUGUGCUUGGCGUUUUUUACCAUCAUUUUGAGUCUCUCCACGAGUCACUUGGACAUAUCAUCAGUGUUUAGGCGGUUUGCCCAGGGGGGGGAAGCUCCGAGGGAGGAUGUCAUGAACGAAAACGCCGCGAGGGAGGAAGUCAUGAAGGAAUACACCGCGAGGGAAGAAGCCGUGAAGGAAAACGCCGCGAGGGAGGAAGUGAUAAAGGAAAACGCCGCUAGGGAGGAAGUGAUAAAGGAAAACGCCGCAAACCCAAAGCAGCAUCGCCCCAUGGGUGCACCCCGCGACGGGGAGGAACAACCAGAUGACGGGCCUCCGCCAAACGGAGUGACUCUUUUUUUUUCCAACCAUUUUAACUCUGUAAAGGAGUUCCUAUACGUUGCCUUGCUGAUAAUCCUAAACAGCAUCGGCGGGAUAAUAACAUCCGUUUUUAUCAAACAUAGGAGCACACGGACCGGCGCCGGUCCCUGUACCCCUCGUCUUUCCUAUUUGGUCCCCGACGAGGAUCCAUAUUUGUAG